AGGUUUAAUUACUUAUAGGUUCUAGUCGUUAUAAAGUUAUUAAUAUGCUUGUACUACUCAGUUUUAACUCUGUAAUUGACUCUUGUGUUGUUAUGAGUCAUUAUUUUAAUUUGGGAAUGGUUAAAUGGCCAAAGAAUUAAAUUAUUUACCGAUAAGGGCUGUUUUAGUUGGCUACUGUUGGUUUGCAACUUAAACUUGCAUCUUUUAUUUUUUUUUUUUUAUCCUAUGCUUUUUCUGUGUUAUGGCUGCUGCAACAAUAGUUCAUGAUACAUCAGAAGCUGUAGAGCUCUGUGCUCCCUGUGGGCUAUACCUUAAACCCAUUACAAAAAUGACCAUCAGUGUGGCACUUCCUCAGCUGAAACAACCGGGAAAAUCCAUUUCCAACUGGGAAGUGAUGGAAAGACUGAAAGGGAUGGUGCAAACUCAUCAGUUUUCCACUCUGCGGAUUUCUAAAAGCACGAUGGAUUUCAUCCGGUUUGAAGGAGAGGUUGAGAACAAAAGUUUGGUUAAAUCUUUUCUGGCGUGCCUCGAUGGCAAAACGAUAAAGCUGAGCGGCUUCUCUGACAUCCUGAAAGUGCGUGCUGCGGAGUACAAGAUUGACUUUCCCACCAGGCACGACUGGGACUCGUUUUUCCGGGACGCGAAGGACAUGAACGAGACGCUGCCCGGGGAGCGGCCGGACACCAUCCACCUGGAGGGCUUACCCUGCAAGUGGUUUGCAGCCAAGGACUCCGGCUCCGAAAAGCCCAGUGAAGAAGUCCUUAUAAAAGUUUUCCAGAGUUUCGGAGAAAUACGUAACGUGGACAUACCCAUGCUGGACCCUUACAGAGAAGAAAUGACUGGCCGAAAUUUCCACACGUUCAGUUUUGGAGGCCAUUUGAAUUUUGAAGCUUACGUUCAGUAUCAGGAGUACGCGGGUUUCAUUAAGGCCAUGAAUGCCCUGCGAGGGAUGAAGCUGAUGUAUAAAGGUGACGAUGGCAAGGCAGUGGCCUGCAAUAUAAAGGUUUCUUUUGACUCAACAAAACACCUCAGUGAUGCAUCGAUUAAGAAGCGUCAGCUUGAAAGGCAAAAGCUUCAAGAGCUUGAAAAACAGAGAGAAGAACAAAAACGUAGAGAGAAGGAAGCUGAAGAGAAACAAAAAGAGGAAGAGAGGAGGCAGAAGGAGCUUGAAGAACAUGAGAGAGAAAAGAAAAGGGAAGAAAAGUUGCGCAGGAGAGAACAGAAGCAGAAAGAUCGUGAAGUUCGACGGAACAAAAAGCAGCUUGAAAAGCUUCAAGCUGAAGAACAGAAAAAGCUGCAAGAGAAGAUAAAGUUGGAAGAAAGGAAGCUCCUGUUAGCUCAGAGAAACCUUCAGUCCAUUAGACUAAUUGCAGAACUGCUAAGCAGGGCAAAGACAGUAAAGCUUUUGGAGCAAGAACAUAAUGAAGAAAAGAUUCGUCUUCAGCAGCUAGAGGAGAGACGAAGGCUCCAGGAGGCUGAGCUGAAACGUGUGGAAGAGGAAAAAGAGAGAGCACUAGGGUUGCAGAGGAAAGAAAAGGAACUGAGGGAGAAACUGCUGAACAAUCUUCUGAGCAAGAAAAUUGAUGCAGUUAAUCAAAACAAAGAAGAAACUGAAGCAUGUCAGUCUGACGUGCCAAAAACCCCUGAUGGUGUUCCACACACUGUGUCAUCCAGCUGCGUCACGUCUACCUCAGGACAGGCUGCCACAGGCAAACUAGCUCCUGGCUCUCAAAAAGAAGUAGCAUCCCCCGAGACUGCAGACACUCAAUGCAAGUAUUUGAACGGCAACGUUCAUGACAAAGUUCAUGCCAAAGAAGGUCAGAAACUUCAUACCACAAACUCUGAGAGAUGUUCGGAGAAGAGAAGCUCAGGGGCACUUUCAUGUGUUCCUGCUAAUAACCAGCAGCAGAAGAGCCUCCCUAGCUAUGAGCAGGAUCGCUGCAGGAGGGACUCCCACUGUGAGCAGGGCAAGCGUAGCGCGGAGCCGAGGAGGAGGAGCCGUUCGUGCAGCAGCGUGAGCACCGAGGAGAGCAAGGGUAAGCGCGAGAGGAGCCGGCACGGGAGAGAGGAGAGGCGCAGGAGGGAGCGCAGGAGCUACAGGCGCUCCA